CGGCAUUUCCUAUUGCAUAUCCUGGGCUCUGCGAUUUGCGACCACAGAAAGCAAAUUAGACAUGCUUCCCAGCUCUCAGCAUCAAGACGAUAAGAGCAAGAGGCGGCGUCGCCCUCGAAGAAACUCCACGAGCUCCAGUGGACGCGAAUUUUCUCGGAGCUCCUCUUCCUCUGGCGAGCUUGAUGGGACGCGCCAGCGUCUGAGCUAUUCCAAUCAAAGUGCUACCGCGGACGUCCCGUCGGAUUCAGCUCUACAGAGAGGCGCGACCACCGCCGCCGGCUCGGUCGUCGAAAUUCCCGCCAACGAACGAAAACGUAAGCAAAGACAGUCGUUUUACGGCGGCCUCCAGCCUAGUACACCCGACAUCACCGCACCACAGGAACAGGACGGUAGCACCGAACAUAGCACGCGCAAACGGGUCAUCGCUUCUACGAGUGAAGCAUCUUUUUCUGUAGAGCUAGGAACCACCGAUGGGCCUCCAACAAAAGCUGGAGCAGUCGCCGAAGGCCAUGGCCAGCCUCCUGCAGGAGAAUGCAACACCUCGCAGCCGACGCAGGCACUAGAGUCUGCUGCGUGCGCUCGGACUAACACACCCCAUGCGACAUCUUCCACAUCGGACAAGGAAACAGCCGAGAAAAGCCUGACGGCCGAAGCAUGCCGUGCAAAUUUGCCGCCUGGUACGGUAAAGGCUAGGACACGCUCCCGCUCUACUGUUACUCUGGCGAUGCCCAUGCACCCGGCGUCGAGACGCGGACACUCGGGAAAGCCAUCGAGGCAAGACAUGGAGUCCCAGCGCGAACCCUCGUUCUCGUCCUUUAUUGAGGGUCUCAAGACGUUGAGCAGAGAACUCUCUGUAGAACAGCCGUCCAGGCGGCGGGGAAGCAAGUCUUCGAUCUGGGACUCGGAACACGGGCAGCGUGGUUCACGGACAGUGGCCAGAGUAGCUGGGAUACCUGUUACAAAGCAGCAUAUCUUCCUCACGGCCAUCUUAAUAUUCAUAGUGACAGCCGUGACAGCCGCCGUCGUCAUCCUGUUCAUACGAGAGCAACAAACUGCUCCGACAAAACCGUACUGCAAGACAAACGGUUGCGUCGUUCACGCCUGGCGUCUUUCUGAUAAACUAAACAGCAGCCUGGAUCCUUGCCAAAACUUCGGGGCUUAUGUCUGUUCCGCUUGGUCCCCACCAGAGGGCUACCUUGAACACUCUAACUCAGCCAUGGAUGACGUACGGAAAUCUUGGUUCCCGCUGUUCGAAAACGUCCUUAGAGAAGGCGCCAAGAUCAUUCGGGUUGGCCAGAAGCCGCUAGUCAUGUACGCAACAUGCAUGGGCGACAGUAAGCUAUACGGCUCUAACGUGGAUAUCUUCUGGAAAUUCCUAAAGGAGUGUAGACUGUCGUGGCCGGAAGAGCCAGAGUCAAGUGACACUACCGCCCUCGAUGUACUGAUAACACUAGCAUUCAAGUGGCAGGUUUCACUCUUCUUUCAAUUAAGACUACUGCGCUUGGGACCCACACCAAAUUGGCGUUUGACUUUAGAUCCGGGCCCACUUAUACCGCUAAUUUACCAGCAUCAUCUAACAAUCAAAAAUACCGGCGCAUAUGCCAAGUACUGGGCUGCGUUCUUCUACAUCCUCAAGGGCAGCUAUGACAAGGACCCGACGAUAAACCAGACGCUCAUAGAGACAACCAUAGCAUUGGAAGGGGACGUCUUUAGAAGUCUCCUAUUGGCCAUGCGUCCACCUGUAGUCCACCCAGUACUGCUGCCAAUAGCCAAGAUUGGACUCUACACUCUGCCUUUGGACUCGAAGCAGUGGCUACGGGCAUUAAAGCAAUUAGAGCUUCAGCCUGAGAUGGAAUUCAACGACGAGGUUCUCUUAGCCGACAAAAACUUCUUCCGCACCAUGGCGGCCGUGAUGGCCUCGUACACGGACACCAAGCUGCUGUCCCUGAUUGCGUGGUCUUGCGUGCAGCUGUUGGCACCGGCAGUGGAUUUGCAGCUGCUGAAGACCCGGUACGACCAAGGCGUCAUACUUUACCGGCCAUACUUCUGCGAACGUUUUGUCGAGACCGCCUACCGGCUCCUGGUCAUUUCUCUCACCUCUGUGUCACACUUCUCAAGACAGGAGCGCGCCGUCAUCUCUGCAAAUUUCGACAACCUGGUUACAACUGCCAGUGAUUUGGUCAACGCCACAGACUGGCUGGAUGCCGACAACCGAGAGCUUGCCGCCAUGAAGCUGUCUUCGAUACGCCUGCAGCUGUGGCCCCCAGAGCAUUUCCUGGAGAACGAGGCACUCGAUCGCAUGUACGCGGCUUUUCCCAGUGCCGACUUGCCGUUUGCAGAAUAUUGGAUCCAAUCGAGUCGGCGUGCCGCUGAUAUGUACCGUGCGAGUGCCAAUAUCGACGUCUUGAGCUACAAGGUCAACUACGCGCUGCCGUACCUGGUAUACGAUGCUGCAAGUGGCGCAGUGAAAGUAGCUGUGGGUGCCAUUACUCCACCCCUGUACUACUCUGACGGGACCAAAGCUAUGUUCUACGGAGGACUUGGAUUCUCCAUGGCGGUCAAUCUCGUCGCAUCCAUCGACAGACAGGGACUGCGGUGGCAUCCAAAUGGCUCAUUCGGCGACUCCUUUUUGUCCAACACCGCUUCUCGAGCAUUCGAAGAGCGGGACGGCUGCCUGGCCACUGCACAGGAGGCGCCCGUCGUCGACUCCCCCACCUAUCCGACCCGAACCGGCUCCAGGACCAGCGUCUUUCCCGAGGUUCCAGCGCUCGAAGUGGCCUACGCAGCGUACAGGCGUUCCAUCAGCGAAAGCGACGAUGACAGUCCACAGGGCAUUCCCCGGAAUCUCUCGGGCGAUCAGGUGUUCUUCAUGACUUUGUGCUACAUGACGUGCAGCCUUCCCGAAGCCAUGGGUCCGCACACGGUCGACUGCAACAAGGCUGUCAGCAAUUCGGAGGCUUUCGCGCGGGCUUUUCAAUGCCCGUACGGAUCGAAGAUGAAUCCGAAGAAGAAGUGCACAUUCUUCUCUUGAUAAGUAGGUGCUGUAAAGGACCCAAUUAUCGCGUGCGAUUUUUACCUCGCCACAAGUGUGAACGUACACGAUAUGUUCAUCAGUGCCAGACAAUAUAGCUGCCACCUGGACGUUGCAAUGCCUUGAAAUGUGCUCGCCGUCUUUUACAAAGCUAUGGCGCACUGUGCACGAGGGCGUCAGCAGUGCGAUUGGCACUUGGCAUACGUGUCUUGUUCUGGCGUCCGACGUACUCUCAAAUACCCACGCGUUUUAUUGGGACGUUUCGCAGAAGGCUUGCAGAACAGGGCGCCUCUUGGGAAUGAUAUUGGCGUUUUUUUUCUUCUUAUUGUGCGUUUUUGAGCUCUCGGACUCUUUUGUAUUUGAAACUCAUAUUUUACAUUUGUUAGCAACAGUAUGCCCAGCUGGGUGCCUCAGACGUCGAAAAACAUCGACGUCGUCCACCGCGUUCGCGGGCUGUUUGCACUUUAUUUGCGUUUUUGUUUGCAAAGCCGGAUUCACGAACGUGUGUUAGAAGAGCAUGUCGAAUCUAUUUCUUGGCUGCGAUUAAAAGGAAAUGUAUAUAUUUCAUCCAAA